AUGUUCUGGGGCGAGCACGCGCUCUACCUCUGCGCCCUGCUCCCCAUCUCGCUCACGGGGGACUGGGUCGGGGGGAAGGUCGGGGAGGCCCUUGAGCGCCUCUUUCCCUCCUCCGACGAGGACCUGAGGCAAAACGCGCGGGAGCGGCAGGCCGAGGCGGACUACGCCGCCGACCUCCAAUCCUACCUCCGCCGCAUGGCCGAGGAGGCGGUCGGGGCGGAGGCCCCGCCGGCGGGAAAGCCGCACAACCAUCGCCCCCAGGCAAACCCCCCGCCGCCAGAGGAGGGGGAACCAACGCGACCCCCCUUCGAGGGGUCUGAGCGCCGUGUUCACAACGGGCGGUCGGGCUCGCAGGAUUUCUAUGCCAUCCUCGGCGUCGAGGCGAACGCGACGGAGCAGGAAAUUAAAAAGGCCUAUCAUAAACUCGCGCUGAAAUAUCAUCCGGAUCGCGUGGGGAAGGACUCCCCCGAGGCCCAUCACGCCGCGCGCGAGCGGAUGGCCCGCAUCAACGACGCCUACGAUACCCUCGGCGAUCAUCGAAAGCGAAUGGAGUAUAAUAAUACGCGGACUAUGAUGCCGAUGUUUGAAUAUAUGGAUAAAUUAGAAACAAUGUCGGGUCUGCAACUUAUUGGGAUCGGAAUCGGAAUUAUCUCGUUGAUGGGGACGAUGCUGUAUAUGCAAUUACGAUCGGCAUUUUACUCCAUUACCUCCCCGGGUUGUGUGCCUCUAUAUUUUCACCAAAAUCUACAAGGAUUUUAA